CCUGUGAUCAGAGAGAAGAAGAAGAAGAAGCGAAAUUAACUUGUGUGGAUCCUCAGAGUUGUGGCGGCUGCUCUUCAUGGCUCCUCUCCGGGUUCUCUGCAUUCACGGUUACCGUCAGAACGGGAGCUCGUUUCGGGAGAAGACCGGAGCUCUGAGGAAGCUGCUGAAGAAGCAGCUGGAGCUGGUUUAUAUCACCGCUCCGCUCACCGUGCAGCCAGCUGCUGCUGAAGAGAGUUCUAAGGAGGACAAUAUUUCCGUUCCUGCAGCAGGGGGCAGCGAAGAGUCCAGGGGCUGGUGGUUUUCAGACAUUCAGGCUCUGAGCUUCAGUGCCCAGCAGCAGUGUGAGUCGAGCCUUGGCCUCGAGGAGAGCAUAGCGACUGUGAGGGAAGCUGUGAAGACUCAAGGCCCGUUUGACGGCGUCCUGGGAUUCAGUCAGGGAGCUGCCUUUGUUGCCAUGCUUUGCUCCCUGCAGGAGCAAAAGCUGGAGCCGGAUUUAAACUUCCGCUUUGCCAUCCUGGUUGCUGGUUUCCGCAGCGCGUGUGAGGAACACUUAAAGUUCUACAAAGCUCCGCUCCAAAUCCCUUCACUGCAUGUAUUUGGACUGGAGGACAAGGUCAUCCCUGACAACAUGAGUAGGGAACUUCUCUCCUGCUUCCAGGACCCUCAGGUCCUCAUACAUCCCGGGGGUCACUUUGUUCCAGCUGCAGGGGCUCACAGGCAAACGUAUCAGGACUUUCUGAAGACCUUCCAGUAAAAGUGUUUGUGGAAGUUCCAGUAACAUCACAAAACCACUGUCGUCAAAAGCUUCAACAGAAAAAAAACUGAAGCAUUAAUGUUAACAUUUGUAUCUCGGUCCAGAUAAAUUUUGGAUAAAAAGAUCUGGAUCGAGAUCUGAGUUUUAAGCAACCUUUUAUCUGCUACAUCCAAAAAAUGUGCAUGUAAUUUUCUCAGGGAAAAUAUAAAGAAAAUUAAAAUAUUGUUUAAAAUUA